CUUAUCACAUUGAACAAAUAAAGCAAAAACCUCCCUGAAGAAAACAUCUAACGCUACUUUCUUGCUCUCUCAACCAACAGUCACCAAAAAUGGAUAUUUUUCGAAGCAAUUUUUCGGACCCACUUACUCAGUCUGAUACUACUAGCAGCUCAUCUAAUCUUACUGCAUAUUCGUCAGUGCUGUUAGCUUCAAAUAACCCUAAAAAGAGAGCCGGGAGGAAGAAGUUUCAGGAAACUCGACAUCCAGUAUACAGGGGAGUGAGAAAAAGAAAUUCAGAUAAAUGGGUUUGUGAAGUUAGAGAACCUAAUAAUAAAUCAAGGCUUUGGCUUGGCACAUACCCAACGGUUGAAAUGGCGGCUAGAGCUCAUGACGUGGCAGUUAUAGCCUUGAGGGGUCGUUCUGCUUGCUUGAACUUUGCUGACUCUACUUGGAGGUUGCCUAUCCCAGCUUCUUCCUGCACCAAGGAUAUUCAAAAGGCGGCCGCUGAGGCCGCCGAAUCUUUCCGACUGCCACUAAAGUCGGAAAGAGUUUCAGGAGAAUACAUAUACACUCGUGAAACGCCACAAAGCAUGUUCUUUGUGGAUGAGGAAGCGCUCUACUACAUGCCGGGAUUACUUGCGAAUUUAGCCCAAGGAAUGAUGCUACCUCCACCUCAAUGUUUAGAAAUUGGAGAUCAUGCCGAAACUGAUGCUGACAUGUCUUUAUGGAGUUAUAGUUAAAUAAUUAAUUAUGGUUAUUACUUCUUUGGCAGUUUAUAUGCAAUGGGAACGCUCAGUCUCAAAAUAGAGAUAUGCCUAUUUUCGUACUCAACAAUUGGAUGGGGAAUUCAGUGGUGGAUCCAGAAUUUUUACUAAGCGGUUCAAAAUAUAAAUGAGUAUGUAAUGCGACUUGAUGUUUGGAUUUUUCGUCCUUGAAACUUGAAAGGACCCAGCCGAGAAAAAUGAGGAGAUGUUUGGGAAUUAGGGACUAUUUAUAUCUUUUAGAAUUAUAUGUAUAUAGAACAAGUUUCCUAAGUUAUAUGAGUAUCUUUUGUUAAAAAGAAAUAUUGGAAGAGUAAAUAGUAUAGUUAUUACACAGAUAGCUUUCAGAAGUUAAAUUGAUUAGGAAAUGGUAGUGCUCGUGUUUUGUUGGCCAGUUUCGAACUCAGAUGCUUGGUGAAAAAAUGAACCCACUCUGCCGUUAGACAAGACAUACUUUUAUGUUCAAGUGGAGUCGAUAUUUAACUUAUAAGUGGAUUUCGUCAAAGACAGAUCAUAUAUACAAUAUAAUUUUUUGAUCAAGUGGGUUCAUACGAACCCACUUGACAUAUGUAGGUCCACCCCUGAUACGGAUGUAAACAAGUUUGUAAUUUAGUGCCAAUGUAGAUAUUUCCAACCAUAAAUCGAAAAACUAUGUAGUCCUGUUGUCCUAUUAUUAGAAAGUGGCUCCACCUUA